AAAUACAAAGGUCUAACAUCAGUCCAAAAGAAAUCAAAAUCUAGGGCUCUGUAAAAGAAAGAAAGUUUCCAUUAAUUUGCAGUUGCAAGCUCUCUCUUCUUCUCUAAUGGCGCCGCCUCCUGGACCUUACUCUGGUACCAGCACUCUCGCUUUGGUGGCUCGUGUUUCUGCUUUCUCUUUGGGUCUCGUCUACGGGAGUGUGAAGCUAAAGUAUCUCCAGGCAAAGGCAAAGUCACAAAAGAAAGCUGAAGCAAAGGCUCAUCAUUAAAAGGAGUUUUGUUAAAUAUUGGGGUGGAGAUUAGCUGAGUUGACAAGAAAUAAUGCAUUUCAACGGCACUGUACCAGUCUUUCAUCCUGGUGUAAAGCUUCACUGCUUUUGUUUCUUUUACGAUCCUUUUCUACACAAGUUGAUGACUUAGUUUGUGAGAUUUAUUUUCUUGAUCAGCCACGAUAGUUUUGUACUGCUCCAUAACAAUGGGUAAAUGUUGGGAGAUUGAAUCAUCCAUUGAUUAAAAUAAUGAUCUGUGUCUUUGGG